AUGGCACUCAUCAUCAAAGACCAUCCUUUUCCUUUCAUGGAGGAUCAAAUCCCCACUAAUGGAAUGGGAACCUCUUCUGCGUCAACAACAAUUCCGCAAGACUCAUGGUUGGGUUGGUUGAGACACGGUGGGAGAAGUGUUCUUGAGGUGCAAAGUCUUGCUUGUCCCAUGGAAACACUAAACUUGGGUUCUCAUGAUUAUGAGACACACCAAUAUCAUGAACGCACGAGAAAUAUUGGAAAUAUUGAGUAUGCCAAUGAUAGGGUUCAGAUGCACCAAUAUCAUCGUCUUUUUCAUCAUCCUCAUAUUGGAGGUUUUUCUCGCCCACCAAGCCGCGAAGAAAUAUUUUGGGCACUCUCACUUCAUACUCUUGAACCUCCUCGCCGAAACUGGGUUUCAAUGGCAAAAGAUCCACAAGGAUCUCGUAGACUUCAGCGGAAGAUCGAUGAGGCCACACCCCAAGAAAACUACCGGAUGUUGAAUGAACUGAAGGAUCAUUUGCACGAGUUAAUGAAACACCCUUAUGGAAACUUCGUCAUUCUGAAGGUUUUUCGAUCAAGCAAUGUGACCGUUGACCAAAAGAACACUUUUAUCUUCUUCAUUAUCGUUGAUCGACAAAAGCUGAAAGAUGUGUGCAUGCAUGAUCUAGGGAAUCGGGUCAUUCAGCAGAUUCUUGAGAAUAAUGAAAUUCUAAUCACCAUAAAUCUAAUUGCAAAGGCUAUGAGGUUUAUCACUGUUGCACUUAUGAAAAGUUUCAAUGGUGGUUAUGUCAUUCAUCAGUGCCUGAGGCUUUUCCCACCCAUACAUAAAAAUACUAUUUUGGAUGUUGUUGCGAAGAACUGUUAUGGUAUUGCAAUAGAUAGAUACGGAUGUUGCAUCAUUCAAAAAUGUAUCGAGCAUGAUGAUGUUCCAGCUUUCUAUCAACUGGUCUACAAUCUAAUCUUAAAUGCUGAGGACUUAGCCAAUGAUCAAUAUGGAAAUUAUGUGCUGCAGUUCUUAAUCAAAAGGAAGAUAUGGGAAGUAAAUGCAUUGUUAAUAUUAGAACUUCGCUACAAAUAUGUUAGAUUAUCUACAAACAAGUACGCCAGCAAUGUAGUGGAAAAUCUUUUACAAUUUUCGAGAACUGUUGAUGCUGCUAUGAUAGCCCAUGAGAUAAUGCAGAGCCCUGACUUUCUACGAGUUGUUCAGCAUCAAUACGGGAAUUACGUUGUUCAGAGAGCUUUGCAAUACACUCAGGGCUAUUUACAUGAAAGUCUUCGUGGGAUCAUUUUAUCGAACAAUGAGAAACUGAAUAGCUGUCUUUAUGGAAAAAUGGUUCUACAGUUUGUGAAAGGAUGCAGCAGAAGAAGGGGAUUAGAAAGCGUCUGA